CAAGACCUAAACAAACAUCUUUUUGGGUGGCUUAAACAAACCGUAGGUCACAAAUCAAUCAUUUGUGGUCAAUUGCAAUUAAACAUUACCACGGUCACUACUGCCACAUGCAGCACUAAAUGUGUUGAAGUUGUUUCUACUACUGUUGUUACCACAGAUUCACUAUGAGCCAGUCCGAUAUUAAACAUGCUUUGCGGAAACUGGAAUUCCCAGCAUGUGUGAAGGAAGCACUACCCCGUAUAGAGAACAUUAUUAUUGGACGCGGCAAACAGAAUUUCAUCAUGCAACUAAUAUCGGAAUUUGUUUUUCUGGAGAAAACUAAGGAGGUGGAUGUAAGGCGUGGACAAUCACCACAAAGUUAUUCCAACAUGCAAAUGAAUAAAAUACAAGAAUUCCAACUGAUUUUAGUACUUAUCGAGUUCUUUUCUCAACCUGGACCAGAUUCCACACGGAAUGCGGUUUUUCUCUCUCUGUUCGGUAGCAACUUGACACCACAGCGUACGAAAAUAUUGUGUAAGCUAAUAAGCACUUCUGUAUCCGGCUCGGUGGCACCGUUAUUGUCUUCCGCUGGCACAUGGAUGCAGCAAGUUGGGUGCACAACACCACCUAGUUUGGAGGUGGCUCAGAGUUUAGUAAGUGAUUUCAUAAUCUUCUCCAGAAAGACUUCGGAGCAGUUAAAGCAGUUGCCACUGGUGGCGCCCCAUUUCGCUGCAAAUUUGAUGACGGCUGUUGCAGAUUUAUACCUCAACGAGCAGAGAGGUACACUUACACCUCCUCCCGAUGCCUUAUUAGAUGUAGUGUGCGAAUGGGUCACAGAAAAUCCUUCCUUAUGUUUGGCGUCCCAACAACCCUUGGCACUGCCUAUAGGCGCCAUUGCUAUGCCUGUGGUGACACCCUUGGCAGGUUUGAUUCGAUGGUCAGUUUUGGCACCGAUUCUGUCAAAUCGUUCAACCUACAGUAAUUUGCAUUUGUCUUUGCUGCAAACUUUGCUGGAGAUCGUUAAUAAUGGACCUCCAACAGCUUUAAAUGCCCAACAUUUGGCCUUAACAUUGACACCUUUAAAGAACUAUGCGUCUCGAUUGAAAGGGGAAAAACUUGAUCCAUCGCAGGAUGCCAACUUCCAAAAAUGUGUGGAAAGGCUUGCACAGGCAGUUCAAGUGGGUCUUUCGUCUAAUUGUGUUUAUGGCAAUAUACCCCAAUUACUAUGCGCAUUGGAGACACUACCGCCGCAUCCUUUAAUGAAAAUAGUCAUAGCAGCAAAUAAAACAUUGUAACUAUUCAA